CCCUUUCCGCUCCGUGUGUGAGGAAGACUCGAACGUGCCUGAGGUGCUCGGUUCUUCAAGCGAAGCUAAGGCCCGAAAAUCCGGCGACUAGCACCGUCAAAAUUAGGCAUCCAAGUCCUAAACUGUAACAUACUGAAAGAAAAAUGGCCUCUGUCUCCGAGCUUGCUUGUAUUUACUCCGCACUCAUCCUCCACGACGAUGAAGUGACAGUCACAGAGGACAAGCUGAACGCCCUGAUCAAGGCUGCUGGAGUGACCAUCGAGCCUUUCUGGCCUGGUCUGUUCGCCAAGGCUCUGGCCAGUGUGGACAUCGGCAGCCUGAUCUGCAACGUGGGUGCUGGUGGUGGUGCACCUGCUCCCGUUGCUGCUGGUGGAGCCGCUCCUGCUGCUGGUGAAGCACCAGCCAAGGAGGAGGAGAAGAAAGAGGAGAAGAAGGAGGAGUCUGAGGAGUCUGAUGACGACAUGGGCUUCGGUCUCUUCGACUAAUGCAAUUUUUCUAUUAAAAAUAAAAAAUAGAACAGA